AUGUCAGUAAACCCUACGAGCAACAAACCUUCCAUGGCUCCCCCAUUGCCAUCCAAAAAAAAAAGAGGUGAGGAAGGAGAACUACCAUCUUCGGGAGAUUCUAUAGCAAACCUUGUUCAAAGGAAUACAAUACUCGAACACGAAAAAGGAGAAUUAAUUAAACAAAGAUAUGAAAUAGAUAAUUCAAUAGAAGAAUUACUUAAAAAAAAUAAAGAUUUAUACGUGAAAUUAGAUUUAGAAAAAAGAAAAAGUCAUCAAAGAGCUAAUGAAAAAGAUGUUGAGAUUCAAAAUUUAAAGAAACAAAUUCUUCAAUUAAAAGAUGAAGCAUCACAUUUGCAAUCUGCACUUGGAAAGGCAACAAAUGUUCGUUGGGGUGAUCAUGAUGUUAAUAAUUCAGUUCAACUUUCAAAUCAGAUUCGUGAAAUCCAACACAAGUUAACAGAUUUUACUUCCGUUAAAGGUAAAGAAGUAACAAUUAAUGAAGAAGCAGCUUCAGAACUCUUACAAACUUAUGAAUGUGUAACGAAAUUCGAUAGAACGAAGGCAGGAAAAGGAAAACUAGUAUUGAGUGCAGCUUUACAACGAUCCGAUGAUAUUUCACGAAUUAUUCCAAUAAAAAUUCGACAACAAGUUUGUGCAGUAUUGGGAACUCGAGGAUUUUGUAAAGAGAAUCAUCCUUUCAUUGAAAAAUUAGCCAAAUUAAUCAUGGAUGAAAUUAAUCGUUAUCGUAUCAUUAAUAGUGAAGAGAGAAAAAUGGGAUUAAGAGAUCAAACAAUUGAAUUAGUUAAAGAGAUUAUACAAUUGUAUUUUAGAUUAAAUGCUCAAGAACCAGUUCCUAACUUUACGGAAUUUAUUGAAGCGGGUACAAAUAUACAAAAUAAUAUUAUGGAAGGAUCUUGGGAUGAUGAUAAUAUAGAAGAUUUAGAAGUUGAAAUAUGUUCUUUUCCGUUAAUUAGUGUAAAAAGUAAAGAUAAUACUAGAAAAGUUCUCAGUAAAAGUCAAGUGCUUACAAGACCAAAGAAUUAA